AUGGUGGGAGGUGAAGAAAUCACUCGGGCAGCAGUGACGGCGGCUCCAAAAGGACCGCGGAACCACUUUGCCAACAGGAACAAACUAAGAACUGGUGUUCAGAAGAUACGCCAGCAUAUGGAAAACUAUCAAACAAAUCCUCACUGGUACAAUGAGCUAUUCAACUUUUUCCAGGGGGUGGAGGACUUCGCAAAAGACACCCAGAGUAGGCGUGAAAACUCUGAUUCCGCUUUGGCAGACAUUCACAAAACACUGGAGAGAAUCCAGAAUGACACUAAAAAUAUACGGGAGAAGCAGAGCAUCAUAGAGCCCCCUGAUUCAGCAGCUUGUUGGAGAGCUUUCCGGGCACGAAACUGGCAGCACAGAGUACAAAACGCCUCCACCCCAACAUCUCAAGACAUGGGCACCACCACCCCAGGAGUACUGCACACGGAGUUAGGAGUUGACUGUGAACUCACAGUCAAGAUAUGUGAUGAGGCAAUGCGCGCUGACCUGAAGAAGCUAUCUUCAAUCAAGAUUGUGGAACGGGCUGAGAGAGCACGAGAAAGUGCAGUCAAAAAGUCAAACAACUCUCCCCUUGCACUGUCAGCCUUUAUUGCCGCACGUCAGCUACCAUCUGGGGAUGUCAGUCUCCGGGCCAGCAAUGCCGUGGGGGCAGAGGUCUUCCGACACCAUGCUGAUAAGUGGGUGAAAACAUUUGGCAUGACAGCCCAUGUCCGGGUGCCAACCUGGGCCUCAGUGGCCCACGGCGUACUCUGCCGGAGUAUGGAUUUAACGCAGGAGAAAAUGAUGGACGUAGCCACUCGGCUCCUAGCGGCAAAUCAACACACCUGGGGAAAGGAAGCUAAAAUCCUCCAUGUGGGAUGGCUGGUGAAGCCCCGGAAAGGCAAGAGAGAAGGUUCAGUUGUGAUUGAAUUCACCAAUCCAAUAGUGGCGAACCGGGCUAUUGAUCAGGGCACGGUCUGGGAAGCUCAAAUUCAUGGAACAACCGUAUUCUGCAGAGAGGGCCGUUCAAAGUUAUGCCGAAAGUGCCAGAAACCAGGGCAUGUACACGCUCAGUGCCCAAACUCUUAUACAUGUGGAACCUGCGCGGGAGAGCACCCAACCUGGGAGUGCCCAAGCAUACAGGGCAAGAUAGUGGAGGAGAAAUGUGCCAACUGUAAAGGGAAUCACCGGGCAGUUAGCAUGUCAUGCCAGGUAAGGAAAGCAGAGGCCGAGAAGGCCAAGGAGGCCUUGAGAAACUGUGAGCCGUAUCACCGCAUUCCAGAGUACUUCCUCAGAAAAGAAACAAGGAAGGAAGAAGGGAAGGAUAUCACUAGGGAGUCCCAAACAGCAGGGACAAGCGAACAAACCAGGGGCCGAGUGACCGCAGUGGCCGAGCCAAUCAUGCCAACGGCCAACAGGCCAAGAAAUGCCACCAAUGGGACAAACAGUGCUGGGCCGGUAAUAGCACAUGAGCAGAAGAGAGGACGAGGACAACCACGCACCAAAAUCUUCAGGGAGAACAAUAUACUGUUGCCAAAUAACACACAAAGCACGGCCAUGGCUUUAUCAGCUCCCCAGGCACCAUCAGAAAGGUCUCUCCGGAGGAGGGGGAACCCAAUCAGUAUGAUGUCAGAUCCUGAUCAACUACUCCAUAGGGGCGUGAAACGCCCAAGAAGGGAUGAGCAUCAUGGGCAGGUGAUGGACAUGGAGGUGGAGGAACUGCAAGAAGCUGAUGAAAGGGACCCUGAUAGUGAAGUGGCUGCGGAGCUUAUCCGACAGUUACAACAAGCUCAAACAACAGCAGUCUCUCUGGCACCACCGGCUCCAGAGGACAACACCAACAACAACACAACAAUGCACGAAGGAAGCAAUGGUAAGCUUUAUGCAUCCUAA